AUGGCGACUCGCUUCCUCUCCCCUGCCGAGAUCCAGUCCAACGCCUUUGCAGCGCGAGCGACGUAUCGACAUCUUGUCCGCGCGAUCAACCUCUCCUUCAGAGGCGACAGAGUAGUCUACCCCGCCGCCAUCCAACAAGCCCGCGAAGGUUUCAUCCAAAACCGCAAACUCGAAUCCGGCAGCAUCGAAGCCACACAAGCCAUCGAGCACGCCCAGGGAGUCGCCCAGAUAUUGCGGGAGAACGUGGUGCAAGGUGCCAGCACGGGCGACGACAAGUAUAAGUUGAGGUUCACUAAGUACACGCAACGGAUGGACAAUGCCAAGACCAAGGAGUUGAAGGGGACGACGAAGAGUUUUAAGGAAAUCAAGAGCGCGCAGUUCUGA